UUGACUGGUAUUAGAGGAAGAGGAAUUUAUUCAAUUUUCAAUAAUGCAUGCAUUGCUAAACAGAAGUAUGUGGUGCCCAAAAAUUCACAUCAACAUUAUUUCCAUGAAAAAUCACCAGAUUUGAACUCUAAAUCUAUCUUGAACUUGUCGUCUAGCAGUGAAUGUUAUUUUACCGCUGCAGUCGCCACCUCCCACCUGUGCUGGAAGAGAUGUGAGUUCUCCCAGAGACCCCCUGCCCCUGGUGUGAUGUCUCUCUGCCGCUUUGAAAUUCUUAAGCGCCUUCUGGAGGUGCAACAUCACACCUCUUCAUCCAGGAUAUAUUGGGCUGCUGCCUCCAGCUCUUUAGCAUUCACUCAGGUACCAGACAACGAGAAGGAAACAUCUCCUCUGCUUUGACAAGAUCCCAACCAUGGAGUUUAACUUUUCUCCUUACAUGCUCCAGGGAGCCAAAUGCCAGUUUAAAUACGAGCAAACGCCCACCGCCAUUGAUGCUGGGUACUUCAGUGCCUGUGGCAGCCUUUCUCCGAGUUCCUCCAUUGAUUCUGGAUGUUUUUCACCUCCUGCGAGCUGCUGGGGAGCCGGAAGCCAGCCGGAAGCCGGCGCGAUCGACUGCGCACCAGCUAAAAAACCCAGAUUAGCUCUGCCUGCUGAUGGAAAGAGACGCUCCAGGUCUAAAAACCCUGGAACGAAGCGUCAGACGGCCAGCGAAAGAGAGAAGCUCAGGAUGAGGGACCUGACCAAGGCUCUCCAUCAUCUCCGAACCUACUUGCCUCCGUCUGUGGCUCCUGCUGGACAAACCCUGACCAAGAUUGAGACCCUUCGCCUCGCUAUUAGCUACAUCUCGUAUCUUUCCGCCCAGCUGGAACAGUCUGAGGAGACCUUCAACAACGAAGCAUCAUCAAGAGGCUACUCGCAAGACGCUUCAGAGAGGCUUGAGACUGGUCUGCUUUCAGAAGCCUGGUGUGUGGAUGAGCCACAGGAACUCGUGCAAGACAAUGUCCAGUAUUUUCCAGCAUUCACAACCUUCAGCGAUUCACCACAACAGAUGGAAAACAGCUUUCCUUCUACUUCAAACUUCAGUGAUGCACAAACCUAUAUGUUUCCAUGCUCAACGACACACGAUGCUACAUACUACAGCCACGGGUUUUUUCAGUGA